AUGGUUCGAUCCGACUCUGAGACAAAUCCUAAAACCGGAACAUUUGAGUUCCUUAUCCUUGUAAUCCUUAGCGCCAACUUAUCAGGCUUCGCACCAUGCCUCGCAUCUGGUUCAUUUCGGCCGUUGACUAUCACAACUGCAUCAAACGGCGACAAGGUCGCGGUAACAUCUCGCGACUCGUCCAAGUCGGACGACCUGAAGGAACACGGCAUCAUGCCCACCAAGCUCGAAGUUCGCUAUGAAGUCGAAAUCCAAGCCGUCGUCGGCAAUGUCGAGUCCAUCAUCGGCCUGAUUGACAUCCUCGUCAACAACGUCGGGUAUAUCAUCCAAGGUGUUAUGAAGGAAUGCAGGUAG